UGCAGAAACGUACAAUAACAGUCGGUGCUGUAAUUGGCGACGAUCGCCGCGCUGGCGAUCCGGGAAAGUUUAGGAAAGCUUGACAAAAAAGCGGCGUUACGAGAUAAAAGUUGACGUGUAGUUAUUAUAAGUGUAGUUGAUCGCGACGAGAGUUAUUGCGAAUAAUAUAAUAAGGCAAGAGGCAAAUAUGAAGCUUUUAGUUCAGCCUCGACCAGUGUAACGGUUUGAUUCCGCGACUGGAGUCUCUUCUGUAUUUUUUCAAGUACGAUUUUGAGUGACGAAUUUUUGGAGGAAAUUCGCCGAGUACUUUCUUUCAAAAUCAGCACUUCUCACGUACAUAUCGACGAUGAAUUUAUCGAAUCUCCUGGUCACCAAUAUUCCUUCUCUUCGAUAAGAAUUAAGAUGCCGCCCUGCGAUAGAAGAUGAACGAUGAAAUAGCUUCGAAACCCAGCGACAUUUGCCUCGCCGACGAGGAUGCACCUAUCGGCGCCUCUCGUCCGACCGCUUCAUGGAUCACGUCGAGGAGGUUGACGAACGUCGCGGCGGGAGACGACGCGUGCUCGCGGAACGUGCGGAGUUUCACGACCUUUUGGGCUUCCGGUCCGUCGGCGUCUGACGACGGCAAAAUGCUCAAUCAUCGGCGGGAGUCGCUUCAGCAACGUCACGCGCGACAAUCGUCCGCCUCGAGGAGGGACCAGAAUUACGAGGGAAUCGAGAACGCGGUGCUCAGGUAUCAGAAGCCGAGGCCGCGACCCAAGCGACAGAUCAGCCGGGACCAGAACGAGAACUCGAGCAGCGACGAGAGCGUCGCGAGAAACAAGUCGAAGAGCACCAGCUCGAUCGACGCGCAAUCGGUGAACAAUAUUCUGGACGAGUACGAGGAUCUGGAUUAUUGCAGAUCCUCGGACCUUAGCGACGUCGGAAAUAUCAACGUGACCAACUUCGAGGCGAUCAUAAUGGAUCAGCAGAAGCGACAGCAGCAACAGGAAAGAUCGAAGCUGUCGAGAGUUCACGUUAAAUCGAUCCUCCCGACGAGGGAGAGGAUUCAGCCAGUGUUGAAGGUGAACCAGCAGACUCAGGUGAGGCAGCGUUCGCGGGACAGACAGAAGGAUUCCAGUAAAGUACAUCAACAGGACAAUUUCGCGUCGUCGACGACGACGGACGCGAUCGAGAGCGGUUGUUCGAAGAUGCCCGAGAUCCUGCUGCGGAAAGGAGAGGUCCAGAAGCGAGUGGACGAGUGGCUGAAUCAGGCGCACAGUCAGAAUUUCCCGGUGUCACCUCGCGAGAAACCCCUGACGAGAUCCAACAGCAGCGCCGAGAAGAGCCAACGACGAUAUCGCGUCCAAGACUCGCGAUCGCGCUCGAUCGACGAGGCGAAGAAUAGAUUGAACGGUGGAACUUCGUCAAGUUACGACGAUCUGACUCGGAUGGAUCGUAAACUGGAGCGUGGCAGACCGGACAGAGUAAACGUUGGCGUGAACACCAAUAGAGGCGCGUACAAAGAAUAUCUCGCUGUAAGGAACAAAGUUAAGCAGCAGGAUUACGGUUUCGGUGCUCAGUCGAGUGUCCCUUUGAGAUCUGGCGAUUCCAGCCCGGCUUCUAGAAUCCCUCAGAGAGAGCCCUUCGGUUCGAGCUUCAGAUCUAGACGCGCCGAACUAAAUUCCGAAGAGAAAAGCUCGGCUGAUGGCAGGUUUGCGAAUUUAGCGAAGACGAAAAGCGAAUCUAAUCACGGUAGAGCGAUCGUUAAUAGCUCCAAGAUAGCCGAAGUGUCUACCAUCACGUCGACGACAGCGACGUCAAUCAUUUCCUGCAGAAAGCCAUCGCUGAAGCGUUCUGGGAAUAGCGCGGAUCAGAAUUCCGCGGUGGCACGUUUGCUCGUUAAGGAGGAGACUGAUCCGCGUUCGCCGCGCGGAACUGGCUUCUCGAAGGGCAGCCUUGAUAACCAAGGUGAGCCGAUCUCACCAAAUAAGGACGGAGAAAGUAGACGGCCAACUGCAACGGCGAGCGGACCGACGCCGCGAUUCGUUGCAACAGUUGCCGCCGCCGAUAAAGCAGUCGAGGCGACCUGUAAAUCGACCGAAGCGUCAACGAGUUGCGCUACCGAUCAUACCCGAGACAACUCAUCGUCGAGAAUCGGCCCGAUGGAAUCGGGGGUCGCGAUCGAACCGCGACGUCGACUUCAGAUUUCCAGCGAUCUCCGCAAGGAGGCCAGAUCGAUCGAUCAGUCGCGACCGGAGCAGCCGAUGUACGAUUUGACAGUUGGCGCCCACGUGCGCGCCCUUCAAGGCCGAGCGGAGUCACGUGGCGACCCAAGAAUCAGGUGUCGCCAGAUCGGAGGAACGUCGCAGAUGGAGAUUAAUAAAAAACCACCUGUCCUCUCGCGCAAGGAUCUCGGGAUGUCUCCUUCGCGAGAUGUAGAAACGCAGGAUCGAGCGAAGGCGCCGAUCGGCGCGUCUUCGUCGAGCUUCAAGCCUAACAGUCGUGCCUAUAUCGCGACGAGCGAUUCGCAGAAACAAUCGAACGAACAAAAUGUUACGAGACCCACGAUCUGCGAAGCUGUUUCGUCCGGCAAAAUUACGCGUUACACCUCGCCCGAUCACGUGGAGAGGAUUUACGAACGUAGUCUGCAGCCACAAGUGAUUCACGCGGACGAUUUGGAAUCGAUCCUUAGACCGUCGCUACCGGUGUCGCCUUACGGGGAAAGAAUCGGCGCUUCCAGAUUGGAUCGAGACUCGCCCGUGAAGGAAACGUCGACGAUUCUCGAGGACGAGUCGCGACACGAACAUCUCGAGACUAUCGUGGAGGACGAUCGGAAGAGCGAGGAUUCGGCCUGCAAAUAUCCGGAAAUUGGGUUGAAGCAGUGCCUGAAGGUGCAGCAAAGUUUGCCGAACGGUAGGUCGAGAGAUUCGACGGAUAAAAGGAAGGAUAAUUCGUCGAUUUAUGCCAAGGAGCAGCAACAUCCGGUUGUCUUUAACGAGUCCGCGAGGACUUUCGCGACUUUUCAAACAUCCUGUCAGGGUAAUGUCAAGUCAAAUGUCAAGUCAAAUGUCAAGUCAAACGUCCAGUCUCGAUCCGUGGAAAUGAAACAAUCCAAGGAAGACAUUAGACAAAAUUCGGACGAGGCAACGAUGGCUCUUCAAGAUCUAGUAACUGGCUAUCAAAACGCAUCGCGAGAAGAUCAGAACCGAUCGACGAUUCAUUCGCGAGAAAAUAGUAAUCUGUCAACUGCUACAAUUCCUAUCGACGAACUAGAGAAUCAAAGAAGCUCGAGGUCGAAGAAUGAAGGGGAUUCUUCUCAGAAUAGACUUCAGUUUGGUGAAAAUACGCAAGACCGCGUUGAAGAGACAGCGAAGAAUGCUGAAGAGCGUGGUGCAGUGAUCAAUGAAGUUCUUGUUAAAAAUCUACGUUUUGAGCAAGAUUUGCCUGAAAUUUCAACCGAAACAAAAGUGUAUCAUAGUGUUCAACAGGUGAAUUUUCAUAAUAUUCUGUGCGACGAUUACGAGAACGAGAAACUGAGGAACAGAAAACUAUAUAUGACGAAGGAGGAAAUGGAUCACCAGAGAUUGAUAGAAAUGCUGAAGAAGGGAGACUUCGAGGCGUUAAAGACGGAACUGGAGAGGAGUUAUACGCUCUCGACCCCAGGGGGUAGCAGCCCCGUUUGUUGUCCGCCUUGCAGCCCGCCGCCUGCGCCGGCCGCGUACAUAUCGAGCGCGCGCGCAUCCUCGCGUAGACUCGCCGGAAGUGGCCUCGGCGGGCCCGCAUCCCCGGAAAGGGAUCCCCUGGGAAGACUGUUAAGAUUCCUGAAGACCUUCUACAGGGAACUGGGCACUCGCGAUCCACCUCAUCUGCCGCCAUGGGCAUCUCCUCUUCCUCUUGGUACCCUUUGUCCGGCGCACUUUCAGCCUCACUUGCAGUUGGUACAUAAAAGCGAGCAGGAGCACCGUUUAGAGAACAUCAAACCCGACCAGAUUUUCGCUCCCGUUAGGCUAAGUGACGGCACCGUGUCCGAGGCGCCGCGACGCGUCGCCGUCGAGGGAGGUCCUGGGAGUGGGCGAACGACUCUCUGUCUACGACUGCUGCAUCAAUGGGCGACCCAGAGCGAUGGUCCGGCUCUGGCCUUCAUCGUGCCGCUUCGCGAACUCCGAGGGAGUCCCGUCUUGAAUUAUCUCGCGCGAGAAUUGUUCCCGAGAACGGCCGCGUUGGGCGACGCGGUCGCCCAGGUCUGGCGCACGUUGCACCUGAUGGAGGACCGCGUGCUCUUCGUUCUGGACGGUUACGACGAAUGCGUGGGCGGCCGGGCGUCCCUCGGCGACGCCGCCGACCUCCUGGAGGGCCGACUGUUCCCGGACGCGAGGAUCCUGGUCACGUGCUCGCCCAGCAACUCGACCGCUCUCGCGCCUUUGGUCCAGCGCAGGAUCCAUCUCGCCGGCCUCGAGUGGCCGCACGUCGAGCGGCUUUGCGUGGCCUAUUUUAUUCACAACGACAAUGCCGAAAAGGCCUGCGAAUUUCUUGAGGCGCUCAACGUGCAGCCGCAAUCCGUCAGGCAGCUCGGCCAGCAUCCGCUCGGCUGGAUCAUGCUCUGCUGCUUGUAUCAGGAUUCCGGAAGUCUACCGACCGAGACAAGCGCUCUCGUACAAGCAGCGGUGAAGUGCAUUGUGAAGAGAAGCCUAGACCCGCCGAUUCCGUACAACGAAGAGAUCCCGGGACACUGCAGGAAGCGUCUCGAGGACUUCGGCAAGGUCUCCCUGGCCGCACUGCGGGAGAGCAGGUGCUGUUAUACGGAAGCCGAGUUGAGGGCGCGAGGCGGCGGCAUCGAGGUCACGCGGCUCGGCUUCCUGACGAGGGGAUUAACUUUCGGCCAGAGACGCAAGCCGGAUCUCUACACGCCAAUUCACACGGCGGUGGCGGAAUUCCUGGCCGCGUACUAUCUCACCUCGGUAGCGCAGUACGCCAAUAUUCUGCGCCGUGAACUGGAGGGUCUGCCCUCAGGGAUCAUCGGUCAUCUGGCCGGUCUGCUCGGUCCUAAGACCCACUUAAUUCUGAACCAAUUAUGCCCGUUGGAGGUGCCACCUAGAGCUGUGUUCUCGUUGCUGAAGGCGGCCGGCGCGUCCGAUGGCAACAUCUCGGCGGUCUGUCGAUUACUCGGAGCAGGCUCCGGUUUUGGACCCGCGCCCAACGAACGACCACCGGCCCCGUUGGUUCACACGUCCCCGUUGGAACUAGAGGGAUGGGCCAGGAUUCUCGAGAGUCCCGCUUGCACGCUCGAAGCGCUCGAGGUGGUGUUCCAAGUGGAGCGAGGCUCCGAUCCUCGAUAUCUCGACGACUUCUUCGACGCGCUCGCCGGCAACGAGAGCGUCAAACUUGUUAGGAUCACGUCUCUGCUGGGACAGGAAUUCCCGGCGGACGAGGCGCAACGACUGGCCGGACAUCUGAAGAGCGUGCUCGGAAAGAAGAAACUCAACGACUUCGAGCUUGUCAUCACCUGUCUCGAGGAGGCGGCCCAUGACAGACUGGAGUGCGUAGUGAACGCACUUUGUCGCGGCCUGAGUCACGCCUCCGGCAGCCUGUCACGGUUGGUGCUCGACAUGAAUCUGUCCGGCGAGCAAGUGUCCCGGGUCUGCGAGGCACUUCGCGGCUGCAUUCAAGUGCAGGCGCUGCACUUGCCCCAUUUAGGCUGCGGAUGCGAGGGCCUGGCCUCGGUGGCCGAGUUGCUGAAGGAACGACCGCUGCUGGCACUCAAUCUGGCCGGCAGCUGGGGCGCCAAGAACGAGGAUCCGUCCAGCUCUGGCAUCAGUAUGGGUUCGGGUUCCGGUUCCGGAAGCAGCGGCUGUGCGUCCAGCACCCUCGGCACCCUGCCGUUGAAUCGUUGCUACUCGUCCUUGCCCAGAGGCGCCCUAGCGGCCUACGGAAGUCUGACGAGACCGGCCACGCUGCCGCGUCUUCCGCUGGGCCUCGGCCUAGGGCCGGCACCCGCAAAUGGCAACGGGCCUCUGCCGCAAAACGACCGGGAUCGAGACAGCAACGGCAGCAGCAAACGCAACAGCGACAGCGUGCUCUGUCACCGGCUACCCCUGUUACAUCCCUUGCCCACUUGUGACGUCAGCAGCCACCAGGGCACCGGCUUUCACGAGAUAUUCAACGCGAUCCGGGAACCGAAUUGCAAGUUGAGGUCUCUGAACGUGUCCAAGUGUCUUCUGGGCGGCUUGGACGCCGGCUGUUUAGGGGAGACCAUCAGAAGGGCCCGUAAUUUGGACGCACUGAGGGCCGCUGGGGCGUCGAGGCCAGCUGACGUGAUGCCCCUAGUGCUAGCUUUGACAGAAGCGCCGUGUCUUCAGUUGCUAGACUUGUCCAGUCCUCGAUUGGCCCUGGACGAUCAUCCCUCGAGACUAUUGUGCCACGCUCUGGCCAGGAACACGACUCUGAAGCUGCUCAGUUUGGAAGGAUGGACCUUUCGGAUAGAGGAAUCCGACAGCCUAGCGGUGUUCUCCGAGUUGCUGAGAUACACGAGCGUGCGUGAACUGAGUCUGUGCAACGCACGUUUGCAUUUAGCGGUGCACGAGGGUCCUCUCUCAAGAUUAGGACGUCGCGACGAUGCCGGCGCCGAGCUUCUCCGAGCUGCACCACCUCCAGCUUGUCCUGCGAUCGUUUUCCUGAGACUAGCCGGAUUCCAGGUGACAGUGAAUGAUCGUUUGGCGCUUCGCGGUCCGUUGCUGCUUCCUUUCCUGGCGGGUUUCACGUCUCUGAGCGAGCUCGACCUGUCGCUGGACAAGUCAACGAUCGGCGGCAGCAGCGGCUCGCUGCUUUUCAUCGACGACAAGAUCCUGCAACAGUUCUUCUGCUGCCUAGCGGCGCACUUUCGCGGUCUGCAGUCGCUCCGGAUCAACUUCUGGCGGAUCACCUUGGAGGACAGCGACCGGACGAUGCGGCAGAUCGCCAAGUACUUCAAGCUGUGCGGCCUGAGCUUCCUCAGGGCGAACGGCCUGAUCGUCACCGACAGCGCCAAGCGGGUGCAAAUGGAGCACGUAUUCGUCCAGACGAUCCUCACGCAUCUGCAAUGCCUCACCUGGCUGUGCCUGGACGGCGUGGAGCUCACCGAGAUGCAGGCCACCAGUAUUGGCAAGUGCGUGCGCGAUCGUUAUCCGGGAACCGCCCUGGAAAUUAGCGCCAAAGACGUGCACGUGAGAUCGGUCAAGGCUCUGGUGACCGCGGCCGAGGAGGGUGGCAGAACGGAAGUGGUUUACACCGGCGGUCCUAAUUGCCGCCUGAAGAUCACGAAGAUGCAGAAGGGCGGUCGGGGCAAGAAGAAAUGAAGAGAUCGCGAAGGUUUCGGGAAGAAGUUACCCUGGAAUAAUUGGUUCCGAGGCAAGAAGGAACGAAGAAGAAGAAUCGUUCGUAUGAAAUGAUUUGAUCUCUUCUUGCGGAUGAGACUGUGGGACUAAAAGAAUUCAGAGAGAAAAGGCGAGAUGAAGGAUUAAAGUCGAUAGAAGGAAGUACUCCGAAGGAAGAUGUAGAGAAUCAAACAAAGAAUUAAAAAGGCGGUAGAUAAACACAGAGAUAUAAUACAGAUUUUCUAGAAAGGAGAUGAAUAUAUCAGAGAAUAUAUCGCGAGUAUCAACGUCGAUUUCAGUCGUGUGACGCACGGUGAAGAAGAGAUGAAAAUGUAGGAGAAUAUACAAGAGGAAAUGCGGGUUAACUUUAUGGAUUUUUGUCUUACUGUGAUUUCGUUUCCUGCGCGUGCGUUUCGGCGCGUUUAUCUACAAUAUAGACUCUAUAGAUUAUAGCGAUUAUUAGCUCUCGAGGACGAUUCAUUGCGACAAUGGGACGUAUUUUCGCUCAUCUAACAUUUUUAAAAAACUAAUGGUAUCAAAAUAGUAAAAUCAAAUAAAUUUAUGCUAUAUAGAAAAUGAUUUUUAUUAACAAAGUGAAUAUCAUUGACCAUUGAUGAUGGAUUAUAUGAAUUAAAAAUCAUGCCAAUUGGCAACAGCAGACUUUUUUUAAAAGUAAAAAUAUAAAACAGAAACUUAUCUUUCAUUUUGAAUAA